AUGUCUACGUUUGUCAUAACAGACUAUGCCGAUAAACCGGACAUUCCACUAACAUCUUCGGUGUCAUGCAAUAUCAUACAAAUUACCAAUGUUGCACAAUCAAAAGAGAAAACGCUCGAAGAAUGGAAAUACUAUCAUAAUCCCAACACAGCACCUUUUGAGCGUAUGGAGCACGUGAGCAGACCUGUCAUCUAUGGAAUUGACUUGGAGGAGACUGAGCAAGUGGCCAAAGUGUCCUCUGCGAAGGCUACUUAUAAACUUUUGCUCCGAGACCAAAAUAAUAACUACUUCUAUGCCUUGGAGAUGGAAGAGAUCCCAUUUCUACAUCCACGUGAGAAAAGCACCAAUAGUCCGCUCCCCAUUCCACUUGGAGGACGCGUAAUGCUUCAGAAAGGUACUAUAGUUCAUUACGGCAUGGUUCUUCUACGAAAACACCAGUGCAAUUACUUGGGAGUAGACAUGAAUUCAGACUUGGCUAAACAACUCAACGACGGCGCGGUCAAAAAGUAUAUAGACGUGAUGGAGCAGCAGCUCCGAGCAUCGGCGAGGCCUGGUGGAACCAUGUGA